AUGGCGACUCAUCAAACAGCAAAGACCCAAUAUGUCUCCUCUGAGACCACCAAGUUCGCCUAUCGCCGCUUCGGCGCCUCCGAAGGCGUCCCUCUCCUCUUUCUCAUCCACUUCCGUGGUACUAUGGACAAAUGGGAUCCUCUCCUGAUCAACAGCGUGGCCAAAAUUCGUCCUGUCAUCCUCGUGGACUACUCUGGCAUCGGGCAGAGCAGUGGACGCGUAGCGACAUCCUUCCGCGACUCAGGCGUCGACAUCAUAACCUUCUUGUCCUUGAUCGGCGUCAGCAAAGUCGACAUCCUGGGCUUUAGCAUCGGAGCUUUUGUCGGCCAAAUGGUUGCGCUGAACGCAGAUCCGAAUACCUUACAAGUACGCAAGCUGAUCAUCGCUGGAUCUUCGGCAAGCGUUGGCCCAGACAUGCCUGAGACCAAGAACGACUACCAGACUGCAGCGACUGCUGGCACUCUCGAAGUCGAUGGGUUCAAGACUUUGUUCUUUCCUCGCAACAAGGAGGGAGAGCAAGCUGCAGACUCAUGGUGGGCUAGAGUUGCCGAACGCAAUGAGUCUGCUAGUGGAGAAAAACCUUCAGAAUGGGCGUCGCAAGACUUGACAGAUGGAGGGGCCGCCAUGCAAGCCCAAGGCACAGCAUAUGGCGCUUUCAUGAACGCAGAGGCCAGUAAAGGUGCCGACGGCACUUACGAUCGGCUGAGUGAGUUGAAGAUGCCGGUGUUGAUUGCUCAAGGCAAUGACGACUACAUGUUCCCAACUCUCAACAGCUUUCUAUUCCAGCAGAAGGUUCCGAAUGGGCAUUUGAUUGUCUACCCAAACAGUGGCCACGGGUUCCUGUAUCAGUACGCGGAGGAGUUUGCUGCACAUGUCAAUGCCUUCCUGGAUCUUUGA